AUGGAUGGCUGCUCAAUCGUCAUUCUAGCAUUCAAGCCGCACAAGGCUCAAGAAUUCCUAAGUCAGAAACUUAGGCUUGGUCACGUUAAGAUUAUUGACUCUGAGGCAUUCAAUGCUGCUUCUAUGCUUGCUGGGUCAUUGAUGGCUCUUCUGUCUGUUGGAUUUGAUGGGCUGCUUGACGGUAGUGUCAAGGAGGGUCUUAAGAGAGCCGAUGCAAUGGAGUUAGCUGCCCAGGCGAUGCUGGGAAUGGCGGAGAUGUUUCGCACUGGAGUUCAGCCUGCUGACUUCCGUGAGAGUGUUUCGUCGCCAGGGGGUUCGACUAUCACGGGGCUGAUCACUGUUGAAAGUGCUGGUGUGAGAGGGGCGUUUGCUCGUGGUAUGAUUGACGGCACUGAGACUUUGCGAGAGCAAUGA